AUGAUCAUUCCUGUCCGCUGUUUCUCGUGCGGCAAGGUGAUUGGGGAUAUGUGGGAGAGCUACCUUAGGAUGCUAGACGCAGGCAUCGCAGAUGGCGAUGCCAUGGACAAGCUGGGAUGCAAGCGUUUUUGUUGCCGGCGCAUGAUCAUGACACACGUGGAUUUGAUCGAGAAGCUGCUCAAAUACGAUCCCUCGGAGCGAGCUAGACUGAAAGCUCAGGGAACAUGA